AUGAAUGAUAUGGCUACGGACUUAGCUAAGCUUAAUCAAAGGAACACAACAAAGAUGGCAAAAAAGUUGAGUGUUGGUCAAAAGAAUUUCGCAAACUGGACCAUGUACAUCAUGUCUAAAUUUGUGGACCAUUUUGAUCUCAAUACGGAGGAGACAAAAAUGAUUGAAAAUUUGGGGGCCCAUGGUGUGGAGGUGUGUGAUUUGACAGGAAGUUUGCUUCAAACGCAUAUAAAGGAUACCCGUUUGGAGAAAGUGACCAAAAAUUUUGACCUUCGAUGGGUGCUCAUUUGUGAUUUGCUCCUUCUUCUUUUAAGUGAUGGGUACUUUGAUAGUAGAUCACGCACUCUUUUAUUUCAAUUUGCAGAGUACUUGGAAAUAAAGCCCUUGGAAGUUCGUCAAUUUGAGCGAAGAUUGGUCGAGUGUCUAGAAAUGGACACUAGUAACAAAACCAUCGAAAACAAAGACGAGAUGUUGAAAGACAACCUGUUCAUCCGCAAGCAUAUUCAGAAGAACAAGAAGAAAAGGCUUGCAUAUAUCGGUUUAGCUACUUUGGGUGGCUCAUUAGCCAUUGGUCUUUCAGCUGGAUUGUUAGCACCGGUUAUAGGUGCUGGAUUAGCAGCAGGUCUAACAACAGUUGGCAUAUCAGGAACAAGUGGUUUCCUUGCUGGUGUUGGUGGAAGUGUUGUUAUCACUACAAGUGGUGUAGCUAUAGGAGCUAAAGUUGGUUCGAAAGCUGGUUCUAGGAGAGUGGGAGAUGUCCAAACAUUUGAACUCAAACCAUUGCACAACAACAAGCGUGCAAAUCUCAUAUUGACUGUGAGUGGAUGGAUGAAUGGUCAAAUGGAUGACGUUCGUCUUCCGUUUUCUACUGUUGACCCUGUGAUGGGAGACAUUUUCUCACUCUUGUGGGAACCUGAAAUGUUACAGUCAAUGGGACAAACCAUUGGCAUUUUGGCAUCAGAAGCAUUAAGUACAUCAAUUCAGCAAAUUCUUGGUGCUACUAUUUUGACUGCGUUAAUGUCUGCUAUUCAGUUACCGAUGGCGCUUUCCAAGUUAUCUUACUUACUAGAUAAUCCUUGGAACGUGUCAUUAGAUCGGGCGUGGAAGGCUGGAAAGAUUUUGGCUGACACCUUGAUUUCUGGAAACUUGGGCGUUCGUCCAAUUACUUUAGUAGGAUUUUCCCUUGGGUCCCGGUUGAUUUACUCAUGCUUGAUUGAAUUGGCCAGUCGCGGUGGGUUUGGGUUGAUAGAAAAUGUCAUUUUACUAGGCAACCCUGUUACUGUCAAGUAUGAUCAAAUCACUUUGGCUCGCUCAGUUGUAAGUGGAAAGUUCGUCAAUGGUUAUUCCAGAAACGACUGGAUUCUCGGUUACCUUUUCCGUGCUACAGGAGGAGGUUUGGGCACCGUUGCUGGCCUCUCACCGAUCAUCAACACCCCUGGGGUUGAGAAUUUUGACUGUACAGAGUUUGUUGAGGGACACAUGUCUUAUAGACAAUCCAUACCUAAAAUUCUCAAAGCGAUGGACUGGGAAGUUUUGAGUGAAGAAUUCGCUGAAAUAGAAGAGCCGGACGAGGAACAGAAACAACGUCAACGAAAAUUGAUUAGUGAAUUCGACGAGGCAAGGGCCAAAAUGGAAAGGGAAAGCCAAGAAAAGAAUAAGAAAGCUAAGAGUUGGAAAGAUUGGUUCAAUCCAAGGCAAAAAAAUUGGUGGGAGGUUUAUGACAAGGCAUCUAAGAGCGAAAACGCCGAUACAUCGACGACUGAAGAACCUCGUGAAGGUGCAAGUCAGCAAACAAAUCCAGAUCAAAGUGAUGGAGAAUUGCAGCAGGAGCAGGCAGGUACCGCUGAUGCGAUAUUUGAUUUGGAUGCCUUGGCACACGAAGUGAAUGAUAUUGCCAAAAUAGGAGCUUCGUUAGAAGCAGAUGAGGAAUCAUCGACACAAGUUGCAUGUGACCAACCCAAACAGACCCCUGAUUCACAAUCCGAUCUACAUGAUAAAUAA